GAUCACUUACAUGUGUGAAUUUUGCUAUGCAAAACGUUAACAGCAGCCUGAUUACAUAGCUAAACUAGGUAGGCUAAGGAGGUAAAAUAUGACCUCGUUAAAUUUUUAGUAGAGCAAGGGAAAAGUCCAUACAUCACAGAUGAUAAUGGUCUUUGUGCGAUGGCUAGUUAAACCAACCCGUGUCCGACUGCACACGUGCAAUAUACCGCACAAGUCAUGCGCCACUUUUCCUCUCGCUCUUCCCUAUACCGCUAGUGUCGUAUGGUGGGAAACGGCGACAACUCGUUUUCUGUCGACACCAUUCUGGUAGGCAAAAUGUCAGGCAAACCAAACUUAAAAAAGAAAAACACUUUCGAUAGAAGAAAAAAUAGCCAUUUCGCUAAAAAAAAACUUGCUCGUGAUAAAGGAAAAGCAGAUGCUAGACGGAUAAAGCGAAAUCCAUUAAACCUUCCAUUUUUUUUCAGAUGUGGGGAUUUUAAAGAAGAAAAGAAUAAAAAACUUGCAAUAAAAGCUGUCAAUAAAGUUUCUAAAAUGAAAGGUAAUCAUAUUUUGAGACCAAAGUUAAUUCAAAAACAUGAUUUAAUCUUUUUCAAUAUAGGAUUGUUCAAUAAAAACCCUGUUGAGGAAAGUGAAACAGACCUUCCGCCUCACAAUGGAAAUGAAAUCGAACAACAACAUUCUUCUACACCUGCAAAUGAUAUUAUGUCCAAGGACAGCUGUGCCAGCAAAGUAUUGUUGUCCUGUUUGGCAAGCGAACCAAAGCUUGAGCCUCAAAGUGAAACUGAUGCUAGUUUGCUAACAAAACGAUUACUUACGGCCCUGUACCGGGAGCGAUUUUAUUCAAAACGUCUCGAUCUUUUUUUGAAAGCUAGGAGUAUGACGGAAGCGGAAGAUCUUCCGAAGUUACAAAAAUUGCUCGAAGAUGAAACCCCCCUAUAUUUAAGCCAUAAUGGAAAAGCGACAUGUCAUCUAUCCGAUCUCCAAUAAGAGCUUGAAGCUAUUCAUUUUGAAAUUUAUACUGUUCACGACGAAAUUAGCAGUGUCGCAAGUAUAAAAAUUUUAAAUUUAGUGGUAAAAAGCUCUUUGAUUGAUUUUUAAGCAGCUGCGUCAAAGUAAAGAACCAAACUGAGGAGACGCCAGACUAUUGAAAGCCAAAGCAAUAAUUAUCAUUAAUGAGAUUAAUGCAAUUUCAAAAUCUUUCAAAGUAACGGCAGAACAUUUUUCCGAAGGGAUUUUCCCGUGGGAUUCUGCACAUGACGAUUGCCAGAUUCUGAAAAAAAGAAACAAAGAACAAAUCCAUCAAUCAAAAACGGAAAUGAGGCAGUUCCUCCAGUUUCUUCAAAACAGCACGUUAAUUGCUAAACAGAAAGUGAACCACCAUUUGAAGGAAGAAGCAGAACUUAAUAUUUCGAAAUCCGGAAGACUAAUAUUUGUGGAAGUUAACAUGUUAUCUGAAUAUGACGAAGAAUUGUCAUACCUCCGACUGCGAAACCCCCAUUUUCUCUUAAUCUUUGCUUGAUGUUGAUGAAAGUGAUGACUACGACUCCGACACUGAUAGUGAAAAUGACGAUGCUGUGUAGGAUGUUGUGUAAUUUAUUUUUAAGCAGCUUGUGCCUUGUCUAAAUUACAUAAUAUGACUGUACAACUUGGAAUAUAUCAUACUGUACCUGCAUACAACUGUAUCAUCAAUUAUGAA